CUCUUAAAGCAAGUAGAGAUAUAAAUUGGAGAAAACCAACUAAAAAAGCGGUACUUCUAAGCAGCGUGUUGAGUUUUAGAACUUGUAAUCACCACCAUGGAAGAUUUGCAUGGUGACUUCGGGCGGCUCAGCCUCAGUGGAUGUAAAACAGAAUCCAAAGAUGAAGAUCUUCAAGAAGAGGAAAUGUGGGAUUUGUUGAAUAAGAGAGAAGGUUCAAGUUCAAACUCAAAGAUGAGAGAAAAAAGGCUACCCACGGCGGAGGUGGCGAUUCCAAGAGCCAUUCAAAGAGACACCAGGGUCGGUGGCGUACACCAGGAGCCCACCGGGGUAGUGCACCAUUCAUCAGCCCCUGUGUACAUCCCUGAGUGGUCCAAGAGUUUUAAAAGUAAAUUUGCUCAUUUUGAUGCCGAGGAGGAGGACGAUGACGGUGGUGAAGUGGUGCCGCCGCACGAAUAUUUGGCCAGGCGGAUGGCUGGGAAUCAGACAGCUUUCUCUAUGUUUGAAGGAGUUGGAAGGACACUCAAGGGAAGAGACCUCAGCAAAUUGAGGAAUGACAUUCUAACCAAGACUGGCUUCCUAGAAUAAAAAAAGUUAGUAAGGUGUCAAAAUAUGUCAAGCUGUCUUGGUUCAAUGGCCUAGUACGGCAAAAGUCUAGGAACGGGCUGUGCCGAGUCCAAUCCUGCAUGCUCUUUAUUUCAUCGCAAAGAGUUCCAUUUCUCUCCUUCUCCCUUUUUUGGAUUUUUAAUAUAUAUUUUACUCCACACAUGAUCGUCUGUCUAGUUGAAUAUUAAGCCCGCCCCCCGAGGCACAUCCGAGUUGGUGGAACAAUUGCAUUGGUGGGCUCACAAACCAAGCGUGGAGGGUUCGAUUCCUGGAAGGCAGUAUCUUGGAAGGGGGAUUUAUCUCGAAGACAAGGUGCUGGAAGGCAGUGCAGAGGGCCCUCUUUGGGGAAGGAAUAAAAGUCAUGCAGGAACCUGGGAGCCAAUAAGGGCACAACCCGCGAUUAACUUCCUCAAGCUAAUGAGAGGCCGGAGACUUGAGGUCCAAAAUUUAG